GUGUGUGUGUGUGUGUGUGUGUGCGCGCUGGCAUGGAUGGUGGCACCGGGGCUUCCGCGCGGAACGGAGACUCUAAGCGGCGCAGUAAGAGCAGCCUGCCGUCUCCCGGUUACCGUCUCUCCCAGGCGUCUCUGGAGGGCGACCGCCGCCUUUCCAUCAUGAGCUCCACGCGCGACAGCGGCCAGUUCCGCCCGACCACCCCUCUGCCCCUGCCGCUGUCCCACGCCGGCUCCGCCCCGCCCACCGUGCAGCGCUCCGUGGGCUUCGCCUCCCGAGCCGCUCUGGCAUCCACCUCCUCCUCCACCGGCACUGGGAUGGUCGUGGUGGCUGCCGGACCCGAGACCACCACCACCACGGCGGCCGGGACCCCUGAGGCCGGUCCGGGGCUGGACGGCGAGGAUUACAGCUACUCAAACCAGUCCACCUUCAUCCAGAGGCAGUUCGGAGCCAUGCUGCAGCCCGGCGUCAACAAGUUCUCCCUCCGCAUGUUGGGCAGCCACAAGGCCGUGGCUCUGGAGCAGGAGAGACUCAGAUCGGCCGGAGCCUGGAUCAUACACCCCUACAGCGACUUCAGGUUUUGCUGGGAUCUCCUCAUGCUGCUGCUAAUGGUGGGAAACCUCAUCAUCCUCCCGGUGGGAAUCACCUUCUUCAAGGACGAGAACACUCCUCCGUGGAUCAUCUUUAAUGUGGUGUCGGACACGCUCUUCCUGGUGGAUCUGGUGCUGAACUUCCGCACCGGGAUCGUGAAAGAGGACAGUACGGAGAUCCUGCUGGACCCCAAGGCCAUCCGCCAGCGCUACCUGAAGAGCUGGUUCCUCGUGGACUUCGUGUCCUCGAUCCCGGUGGAUUACAUCUUCCUGAUGGUGGACCUGGAAGCUCACCUGGACUCAGAGAUCUUCCACAUGACCUAUGACCUGGCCAGCGCGAUGGUGCGGAUCGUCAAUCUGAUUGGCAUGAUGCUGCUGCUGUGUCACUGGGACGGAUGUCUGCAGUUCCUGGUGCCGAUGCUGCAGGACUUCCCACCCGACUGCUGGGUCUCCAAAAACAACAUGGUGAACGACACAUGGGGCAUCCAAUACACAUAUGCACUGUUUAAGGCCAUGAGUCACAUGCUGUGCAUCGGUUACGGCGCUCAGGCUCCAGAGGGAAUGACGGACGUCUGGCUCACAAUGCUCAGCAUGAUUGUGGGUGCGACCUGCUAUGCCAUGUUCAUCGGCCACGCCACGGCCCUCAUCCAGUCCCUGGACUCCUCACGCCGACAGUACCAGGAGAAGUAUAAGCAGGUGGAGCAGUACAUGUCGUUCCAUAAGCUUCCAGCAGAUGUCAGGCAGAAAAUCCACGAGUAUUAUGAACACCGAUACCAGGGCAAGAUGUUUGACGAGGAUAACAUUCUGGGAGAGCUGAGCGAGCCCUUAAAGGAGGAAAUUGUUAGCUUCAACUGCCGAUGCUUGGUGGCUAACAUGCCUCUCUUCGCUAACGCCGACCCAAACUUCGUAACAGCAGUGCUAACGAAGCUGAAGUUUGAGGUGUUCCAGCCCAAUGACUUCAUCAUUCGUGAGGGAACCGUUGGCCGUAAGAUGUAUUUCAUCCAGCAUGGACGGGUCAGUGUACUUACUCGUGGAAGCAAGGAGACCAAGCUCAGCGAUGGGUCAUACUUUGGAGAGAUCUGUCUGUUGACUCGUGGCAGGAGGACAGCUAGUGUCCGAGCAGAUACAUACUGUAGAUUUUACUCCCUCAGUGUGGACAGUUUCAAUGAGGUUCUGGAAGAGCAUCCCAUGAUGAGACGGGCCUUCGAGACGGUGGCGGUGGACAGACUUGAUCGCAUCGGUAAGAAGAACUCGAUUUUGUUGCGCAAGACCUCACAGGGAGGAUCUGUAGCGGGCAGCAGUUUGGGACGGGGUGGAGGGAGCCGCGGAGGAGGAGCAGGAGGCACCGGCCUGGGUUCUUGCGACAGUGUUCUGGUCCAGCAGAUCGUGAAGCACGAUAGCAUGCCUGCCAUGCAGGACAUCACCGCUGGCACCCGAGGCAGCACGGGAGGCACGGUCUCACCCCGACCUCAUCCGGUGAUCUGGGCACCUCUGGUCCAUGCUCCCCUCCAGACAGCCGCUGCUACCACCAACGUGGCCAUUGCCUUGAUGCAUCAGCAACAGCAGCAGCAACAGUUGCAGCAGCAGCUACAACAGCAACAUGCCCUUGGAGCUGCC